GCUUUAGCCCUGCAAAUCAACUUCUGAACUGGUAAACGAGGAGUUUAGCGAAUUUGCGGAAACUUUAGCGGCUGUGCACGUAAGAGGUUCAGUCACUUUCUGGCGACAGAAUUUAUCUUGUUAGGGAGGAAAGGGUUUGUUGUUGCUUUUACUUGUAUGUACAGUUAUGCAAAGACAAAGUAAGAAGCACCUCUAAUUCUGUGCUUGUGCAUCGGACUGCUUUCUGAGGUGAGGGUGGGGGAAGAGAUUGAGACAAAUACGAGCAACUGUGUGACAACAAAGGGUGCUGUUGCUGCUCUCUGAUACACAGGAAGUAAAGGCUGAAAAUAAAAUCAUGCUUUUGGCUUCAACACCGGAGAGCAGCGUUCAUAGGCAGCAGAGAGAAUUAAAGCAUUUGAAUGCAGAUGAGGUUGGGAAAAGCUAAAAAUAGUCAAGGUUUAUGGGGAAAGAUCUGUGGGACCAACAAAUAAAGAGUCAAAUCUUCAGGCAUUUGCAGAACUGGCCACAAAAGAGACAACAUGCCAGUAACAAGAAUGCGCAUGAGGCCUUGGCUGGAGUUGCAGAUUAAUUCCAAUCAAAUACCAGGAUUGGUGUGGAUCAACAAGGAUAAGAUGAUGUUCCAAAUCCCAUGGAAACAUGCAGCUAAACAUGGCUGGGAUAUAGAUAAAGAUGCCUGCCUUUUCCGGAGCUGGGCCAUUCAUACUGGGAGAUACAAGAUAGGCGAGAAAGCGCCAGACCCCAAAACUUGGAAGGCAAAUUUCCGCUGUGCCAUGAAUUCACUGCCUGAUAUUGAGGAAGUGAAGGACAAAAGUGUCAACAAAGGCUGCAGCGCAGUCCGGGUUUACAGGAUGCUACCACCCUUAACAAAGCUUCAGAAAAAAGAAAGGAAGUCAAAGUCAUCUAGAGAGUCAAAAAACAGGAGUAAGAGAAAGACAUACGAAGACCCGAGGAUGGAUGAGGCAAUAGAAGCACUGAACAGCAGCAGUCUACCAGAUGACCACAGUGGUUAUACAGUUCACAGCUAUGCAGAACAAGAAGUGGAGAUUGAGAACGCUUCCAUCACCCUAGAUCUCUCACCGUGUGAUAUGAAUGCACUGACAGAUUGGAGAAAUCCAAUGGAAAUAGCAAUGGCUGACAGCACCAACGACCUUUACCACCUUCAAGUGUCACCUUUGGCUUCAUCUUCUGAAGUAACAGAUGAUGAUGCAGAAGAAAUGAGAGAGCAACUUUACAAGCUGUUUGAACAACAAGACUGGCAUGCAACCAGUGUCGGUGGGAAAGGGUAUCUCACCAAUGAGCCCGGCACACAAAACAUUUGCAGCAACUUCAGCUACAAGGAGCAAGAUUCUGAAAUAGAUACAACCUCAGGGGAAAUAGAGUUCAGAUUUUGUACUGAUCUGAAAAGCAAUCUAGAAUUCUCUUGGCUGGACACAGUUCGAUCCACUGGUAUACAAGCCAUGUAGCUUGUAAUCCUCUUUUGCUUCCUCAGACUGUGAACUGCUUUACUUCUCCUGUUCCUCAUGAAAGUGAGCAGAGUGGAAGGCAUUUGUUUGUUACUGACUGAGUGAAAAAAAGAACCUCUACUUUCCGUUUAGCUUCUGGGACUGAACAGAUCGAACCAUCAAAACUCCAUUAUUAAAAAAACUUUAGCAGAACUGUGUGCAUUGACGUUGGUUGACUAAGCCAUUGUCCUAUAAAACUUAAAAUUGCUUCUGAUGUGAAGCUGUUCCUACAUUAAUGUCAAAUGGGGUUCUGACCUUUUUGUUGGGAUACAAGUGAAAGGUGCUGUGGGUCAGUAGAAGCUGGGCUAGGAUCCCCAUUUCUCUCUCUGUGUUUCAUAUUAUAAUUAAAAGCGCUGUUUUUGGAGGAGAUCAUCUACAGUUUCAUUUACUCUCCUUUACCAAGCCAGUGCUUAGGGGGCACAGGGUAAAUGUGCCUAUUCAUGUUAGCUCUGGUUGCUACAUACCUGGUGAAGUACUUUUGAGCUUGAUGACAAUCAUUACAGAUUUUUGGAUUCAACAAAAAUUGCACUAAUUGACCCUCUUUCCUUUGAUCACUCCAGCACACGUUUGAUCGACAAAUCAAAUUCCUCACUUUUGUAAAUAUGUUUAGUCCAAGAAAAUGUGAAAAUCAGCUACAGGCUUUGCUUCUACGUAUUACAGUUGUUCAGAAGAUCUGCUCAUAGGACAUUCUAUUCUGUUGUCAUUAUGCAGGUCGUCUACCAAUUUUUCAUUUAAUAAUUAUGAAAGAGCAGCCACACUUUGGGACCCAUACAUUUUUGCACUGAUGGGCAUAACACUUUAUUUAUACAGUGCCUUUCAUGCUCUUUCAAGCCAACUUAAUGCUCUUCAUUGCAAUAGAGUACAUAGACUACCAUGUACAGUAUAUACCCAAUGAAUUGUGUAGAGAAGAUCAUUAGAGAACCAAAAGCUAUAAGCCUAUGCAGAGCAAUACAAAGUACAAAAAGGAGGGAGGUCAUUUUGAUUUAUGCUUAAAUAUCUGGAAACACAUCAAAUCACUAAUUGUAACUGAGCAUUUUCCUGUACAUAGUUGUGUAUAUAAAAAGUGUUGUACAUUUGUUUUAAUAAAAAUGUUUUAUAUAUGAAA